AGGAUUUUGGCUAACUCUCCCGAGUAAAUGACGACAGUUCGCGUUGCUUGGUCCUUUCAUAAACAAACAAAAUGGCGGCCCAAACAGUGUGGCUGGUGUUUGUAACUCUCUUCCAGUUGAUUUCACUCACCCAGUCAAGUCUGUGCUAUUAUGGGAGCUAUUACUACUAUUCCUAUUACAACAACUACUACUACAACUCUUACUACUGUGCCGAUGGCUGCUGUGGGUACUACUACUCUCGCUACUGCUGCAGCAGCGGCAGCUAUGGAUCUAUUAUUGGCGGUGUCAUUGGGGGCAUCAUCAUCCUGGCAAUAUGUGCAGUUGUAAUUAUCAUCUGUUGUAAAGCCAAGAUGAGACCCAGACGCACUGGUGUAGUGAUUCCACAGAACAGUAUGACAGUUACCACAGUUUCGAAUUCACAAACAGCGCCACCACCACCUCCUCCUCACGGUCAGCCGUACGGCCAGCCUUAUGGUAUGCAACCUCCACCAUACCAACAACAGCCCGGGAUGAGCUACCCACAACCCCAGCAGCAGUAUCCCCCUCCACCACCUGCAACCUACGAUAACCCGGCGUACCCUCCUCCUCCAAAGUAUUAAGCGACAACGUUGACUUGUGGAUAUAGAUGACUUAACCACGUGAUUUUCCCAUAGAUGCUGAUAUGACUGUUUCAUAUUCGAUCUCUUGAAGACUUUGGUGGAACUUGAACAUACCCUUUUCCAUAGACGCCGAUGGAAGUGGGCCAUGUCUUUUCUGAUAGACGUUGCUGGAUUUCUACCAUAUUUCUAUCACUAUGACUCCGUUAGAACUGGAUCAUAUUUUCUCCCAUAGCCAUUGAUGGAACUGGAUCGCUGAUAUAUAUAUUAUCAUAUUUUUCCCAUAGACAUUGAAUAAUAAGGAUAAACUGUGUACUACAUUCUUUCCCAUAGACAUUGAUAUCAAAGGGACUGUUGGAAAAAAUACGUUCGGCAAUCAUUCGGCUGCAAGCCAGCCGAAGGCAUCAAUUUAUAAGUGCUUUAGAUUAACAUUUACGAUGUGGCUAUUGCUUUUUGUACUAUUAUUUCUAAGUUAAAUAAGAAUUCAAUGUACAUGUAUUGACAAACGGGGACUUAGAAAUUGUUCAAAACAAGAUAUAAGUUUUCAAUCCAAACAAGAACAAGAAGCGAUCGAAUAAUAUUGCAAUGAAUAUUAUAGAGACAUAUGAUAUUGUUUUAUUGAUUGUACAGUGUUUUGAUUAUACCGUUAUGGUUAACAUCGUAUAAUGAUAAGGCCAUUGAUGCUCAGAAAAAAAGUAAUAAGUCGUAAACUAUUUUCAUCAAUUGUUAUUUCUAAAAUAAAAUUAAGAAGUAU